AUGGCCAACCAAGCUGUCGCCUGUCUCGCCGGCAUCAAUGUCGGCGCUCCGGCGCGUUCUGUUCCCAGUGCUGAUUUCGGCCUCAUCGGUCUGGCCGUCAUGGGCCAGAACCUGAUCCUUAACGCUGCUGACCACGGUUUCACUGUCUGCGCCUUCAACCGCACAACCGCAAAGGUCGAUCGCUUCUUGGCCAACGAAGCUAAGGGCAAGCCUAUUGUUGGUGCUCACUCCAUUGAGGAGUUCUGCUCCAAGCUCAAGCGUCCCCGUCGUGUCAUGCUCCUGGUUAUGGCUGGCCAACCCGUCGAUGACUUCAUCGAGGCUCUUCUCCCUUACCUCGAGAAGGAUGAUAUCAUUAUUGACGGUGGUAACUCUCACUUCCCCGACAGCAACCGCCGCACCAAGUACCUUGCUGAGAAGGGCAUUGCCUUCGUCGGCAGCGGUGUCUCUGGUGGUGAGGAGGGUGCUCGCUACGGCCCCUCCCUCAUGCCCGGUGGUAACGAGGCCGCCUGGCCCCACAUUAAGGAUAUCUUCCAGAGCAUCUCCGCCAAGAGCGACGGCGAGGCUUGCUGUGACUGGGUUGGUGACGAAGGUGCCGGUCACUACGUCAAGAUGGUUCACAACGGUAUUGAGUACGGUGACAUGCAGCUUAUUUGCGAGGCCUACGAUAUCCUGAAGCGCGGUCUCGGCUUGUCCCCCAAGGAGAUUGGUGAUGUUUUCUCCAAGUGGAACACUGGUGUUUUGGACUCCUUCCUUAUUGAGAUCACCCGUGAUAUCCUCUACUAUAACGACACAGACGGCACCCCUCUUGUUGAGAAGAUUCUUGACAAGGCUGGCCAGAAGGGCACCGGCAAGUGGACCGCCAUUAACGCUCUUGACCUCGGCAUGCCCGUCACCCUGAUUGGUGAGGCCGUGUUCGCUCGCUGCCUCAGCUCUCUCAAGGAGGAGCGUGGCCGUGCCUCCGCCAUCCUCGAGGGCCCCACCCCCAACUUCACCGGUGACAAGCAGGCUUUCAUUGAUGAUUUGGAGCAGGCUCUGUACGCCUCCAAGAUUAUCUCCUACGCUCAGGGCUUCAUGCUCAUCCAGGCCGCUGCCAAGGACUACAAGUGGAAGCUCAACAUGCCCUCCAUUGCCCUCAUGUGGCGUGGUGGUUGCAUUAUCCGCUCCGUCUUCCUCAAGGACAUCACCAACGCCUACCGCAAGAACCCCGAGCUUGAGAACCUCCUGUUCGACCAGUUCUUCACCACGGCUAUCCACAAGGCCCAGUCUGGCUGGAGAAACGUUGUCAGCAAGUCCGCUCUGUGGGGUAUCCCUCUGCCCGCUUUCACCACUGCCCUCAGCUUCUACGACGGCUACCGCACCAAGGAUCUGCCCGCCAACUUGUUGCAGGCCCAGCGUGACUACUUCGGUGCCCACACCUUCCGUGUCAAGCCCGAGUUUGCCUCCGCUGAGCGCCCCGAGGGCAAGGACGUCCACGUCAACUGGACCGGUCGCGGCGGUGACGUGUCUGCCUCUACCUACCAGGCAUAA